AAGCUCGUCAGGGAGUUUUGCGACGAGACCGAGAUCCCCUACGCCAUCCUCAAGUUCAUGGACGGCAACAAGAAGGUGUUGGGCCGCUUGGGUGACAUUAGCGACCAGGUCAAGAUUCUGGUCGACUGCCAGAAUUACAUGGCCGAAAAUAAUGAAAUGGGUUUGCAUUAG